CCCUUUCUCUAUUUUCUCAAGUUCAUUUACGAUCUCGAUUGUUUUUGUCUUUCUGUCCAUCCAUCUUUCAUCUUUGUUCAUCUUCCAUUUUCCAUUUCACAAUCAGUUGACUAAUCACACAGCACACACCACACAAAGACACACAAACACACAAACACAUUUACACAUUUACAUUUACACAACAAACACACCACUCCAUGCUCACGUGCCGAAAUGGCCAUCUCUCCAAUUCCUGCUCGUCUGUUAAACAGACCAACGCUGAUUAACCAUAAAAACAUGCGUUUCUUGAUCUCAGAUGCACCCUCCGACAGCAACUUGGCCUUGUACAUCGCAGAAUUUGAAAGACAUAACACUACAGAUAUUGUCCGCGUAUGCGAUCCAACCUAUGCAACUGUUCCAUUAAACAACUUGGGUAUCAAAGUCCAUGAUUGGCCUUUUGGUGAUGGUGAGGGGCCACCUCCUGCAAUAGUGCGCGAUUGGAUCGAGCUUGUGGAGCAGCGGUUUGGCAAGGAUCCCGAAAAAGAACCCUCAAGUGCCAUUGCCGUCCAUUGCGUCGCUGGCCUCGGAAGGGCACCAUUACUUGUGGCGAUCGCCUUGAUUGAGGCAGGUAUGACGCCUGAGGAAAGUAUUGCCUUUAUACGCGAACAUAGACGAGGCGCCCUCAACACCAAACAGAUCAAAUUCAUCAUGGAUUACAAACCUAGGAGGGCUCGCAAGUCCAAAUGUACCAUUCUAUAGAUGC